GGGAAAAAGUCCCAAAAGUGGAAGUUCAGACGGAGGUUUGCAGGUUUCCCGCGUCACCGGUUCACUGCGGAGGCCGGAACGAAAACACGUCGGUUUGGGUCAAAGUUCGUCCAGUUUGGAAAGUUUUCCUGAUUUCCCUCGGUCAACGAGCGAAGUAACGAAGUAUCGAAGUAACGAAAUCACUUCAGCUAACAAACCAGACGAACGUUACCGGAUCAUCUUCGCGUUACCGACACGUUCGCGCGAGGCAAUGUCAAAUGGAAACGCCGCGUAUGAACUUUACUACCGACAGUUGGACCCGGGAAACACGGGGAAAAUAUCUGCAGCCGAGGCGGCACAGUUUCUGAAGAAGUCCGGCCUGCCAGACAGCACCCUGGGAAAAAUUUGGGAUUUGGCCGAUUCGGAUCGGAAAGGCUUUUUGGAUAAGAAGGGUUUCUUCAUCGCUUUGAGGCUUGUGGCGUCGGCCCAGGCAGGAAAUGAUGUCAGCCUGAGCAACCUCAGCCAGAGUGCAGCGGUGCCUAAAUUCAGCGAUACCAGCAGUCCGUUGACCCGGAGCUCUACGUUGGCGUCCGACCCUCAGUGGGCCAUCAGACCGGAUGAAAAGGGGAAGUUUGAGGGAAUAUUUGAGAGUCUGUCGCCGGUUCAGGGUCUUCUGUCCGGAGACAAAGUCCGACCCGUUUUGAUUAACUCCAAGCUCCCUCUGGAUGUGCUGGGAAAGAUCUGGGACCUCAGUGACGUGGACAAAGAUGGACAUUUGGACAAGGAGGAGUUCAUCGUGGCCAUGCAUCUCGUGUACCGAGCCAUGGAGAAGGAGGCCGUUCCAGCCAGCUUACCCGCCAACCUCAUCCCGCCUUCUAAGAGGAAGAAGUCGGCCAUGGCGCUCCCGGGCGCCGUGGCGGUGCUGCCCUCGCUUUCGGGUCUGCUGUCGAGCCCGGUGACUCUGAAGGAGACGCUGCUGAGCUCCUCUCCAGCUCCUGCCAGCGCCAGCGCCGCCAAACUGUCACCAAAACCCUCCUUCAAGUCCAGCUCAGAGCCAGAGGUGAAGUGGGCGGUUCCCGCGGCCGACAGGGCCAGGUACGAGGACCUUUUUAAGAAGACGGACACGGACAACGACGGCCUCGUCACCGGGGGGGACGUCAUCGAGAUCUUCAUGCAGUCCACGCUCUCCCAGACCAUGCUGGCUCAGAUAUGGGGACUUGCCGACACAAAGCACACGGGGAAGCUGACCCGGGAGCAGUUCUGUUUGGCCAUGCACCUGAUCCAUCAGAAGAGCACCAAAGGCAUAGACCCCCCCUCCAGUCUGACUCCAGACAUGAUCCCCCCUUCAGAAAGAACCGAAUCCUCCAUGGACCUCGAAAGCUUAACGGGCUCGCUGGAACUGACGGGCGUCAAAGACCUGGACGACCUCAGCAAGGAGAUCGCUCAUCUGCAGAGGGAGAAGUUCAUCCUGGAGCACCAGAUUCAGGAAAGCGAGGAAGCCCUCGUGCAGAAAAACGGGGAUGUUCAGAGCAUGCAGCACGACGUGGAGCAGGAGAGCAGCGGCCUGCAGGACCUGGAGUCCCAGCAGCGGGACGCUCGGGGUCGACUGCAGGAGAUGGAGCAGCAGCGCUCCAAGCUGGACGGGAUGCUCCAUGACGUCAAACACAAGUGCCAGGAGGAGAGCCAGCUGAUCGCAUCCAUGCAGAGCCAGAUCCGCUCCCAGGAGGCGGAGCUCCGCACUCAGGAGGACGAGCUGAGCCGCACCAAGUCGGAGCUGAGCCGGCUGCAGGCGGAGGAGGCCCAGCUGGAGCAGAGGCUGCUCUCCACACGCAUCCAGCUGGAAACCAUCGUGAAGUCGCUCAAAGGCACGCAGGGGGAGAUCAGCCAGGCUCGCACUAAGCUGACCAUGAUCCAGGAGAACCAAAGAGAAAUCACCAAAACCAUCGAGGAGUACAACAGCGCUUUGAGCAGCAUCAGCAGCGGGAACCUCGGCAACCUGCCGGACCUGAGCGACGGCUUCAUGGAGAACGGGAGUCUCCGAGCUCCGGUUCUUCAGGACGACUCUUUCAAGGCGAGGAUCGCCAUGUUCAACAGCAGCGCCCCCAAAGAACCCGCAGCAGACCCCUUCCAGAUAGAAGACCCCUUCAGAUCAGACCUCCUCAAAGAUCCGUUUGGAGACGAUCCUUUCAAAGAAAGCGAUCCCUUCAAAGGAGCAUCAACCGAAGACUUUUUUAAGACGGACAGGUCGGACCUGUUUGGGUCUGCGGACCCGUUUGCUAAAAGACCCGUCCCGCCGCUCAAGCCGAGCGCCUUCAGCAGCAGUGAACCUUUCUCCUCCACCGGACCAAAGCCCAGAGACUCUGAUGUGUUUGGGAAGGCGGAUCCCUUCAGAGGAAAGUCUUUUUCUGGGAGCAGCGCUGGGUUUGCCGACUUCAGUCACAUGUCAAAGCAGAAGCCGGAUGCUCCCGGCCUCACGCCAAAGAAGAGUUUGCCCAGCAGGCCUGCACCUCCUUACGUAGGACUGCUCGGUUCGAUUCCCGCGGAGCCCGUACCGGCCGUUUGCUCCACAGCACUUGGGUGGAGCAGUCCGGCUGCGGCGUCCAGAGGCAGCCCCGUGGCCUCUGCAGGCUUGGGCUCCUUUGGAAGUGAGAGGCAGCAGCUGGAGUGGGCCAAGCGGGACGGCGAGCGCGAGGAGCGGCUGCGGCGGCUGCGGCUGCAGGAGCAGCAGGAGCUGGAGCUGGCCAUCGCCCUCAGCAAGGCCGACACGCUCAACGCCUGACCCCGCCCCCACCGCCUCUGAUGUCAGCACCACUGACGAGAGUUUCCUGCCUGGACCCAACUUUGCUCUGCUUCACCCAUCAGUUCAUGUUCCAAACGGCUGAGGGGGGGGGGGGGGGGUCAUCUCUGUACCUCCCCCCAUUCUCUAAAUCCGGUUUGUGUGUAGAAUCGAUGAAUCUGUUGUGUGACGUCAAAUGCACUUUAACUAGUUAAAGCUUUGGACACUCGGAGCGCCUGAAGCCGAAUGAAGUGUAAAUAUUUUAGUGAAGGUUUUAUGUUUGAGCUGAACAGACAGAAGGGAGUUCUGCUUCAGAUGUUACAGGUUUGAUCGACGUUUUGCAUAUUUAUCGUUACUGAAGGACUGUGUGGAGGUCACGGGGGGGCCGCCGACCUUCGUUCUUCUGCUGAGAUGUUUCCUUCUUUUGGUUGUCGUGACGUCUGGGAAUCUUUCAGCGCUAAACGACAGAGAGCCUCUGAACAGCGAUCGUGUUCGUGAAAUGCUGCCUCGCACACGCAGACAGGCGUGUUGGGUUUUUGCACAGCAUCGUUUCUGGGGAGUUGAUCAGUUUUUGUGAAACAUUCAGACACUAAUGGGGUUUAUUUAUAACCAUAUCUGCGCUCUUUUCUUCAGAGUUACAGCAUAAACGUGAACUUUUGCACUUCAUGGAUGCAUUUACCGUAAUGAAAAUGUGGUGGAACAUGAUUCUGGUGUUUUACAGGGGAAGGACGGGGCUGAAGGUGUUAUGUUUGGGUCACAAAUAAAGUCUUCAACUGCA